CCUAUUCUUGUUUUCAUUGAUUAAAUUCAAAAUGUCAUUAGGCAUAUAUAAUUUAUACUUAAGGUAGUGCAAAGUUCAUUAUCCUGUUUCAUAAUAAAAUAACUUACAAGAUGUUUCGUGUAUUCGCAUGAAUACUCCUUUCAUGUUUUCAGUAAUUCUAUUAUUAUGUCGCAGAUUUUCUAGUUCUCGUUAAAUUCAUCAUAAUUCAUUUAUUCUGAUUUUGUCAUAGGUAUAACUGAGCAUGAAUAGAAGAUGUGUGUUUAACGCGUCAGUCAGUUAGAUAAGAUUAUGUCUUAUGUAUAUUAGUUGUGCACUAUAUUGUAUAUAUCCUAUCUUUAAAUGCAUAUUAGAAAUACUCUUCUCAAACGAAAAAUACAUAUACUUUUUAACCAAUUUCACAUAUAAAAACUAGAACGGAAAACAAAUCACAAUGACUACACAUUUUUUAUACAGAGCAUUACGAUCUAGAUCAGACACUAGGACAAUAUUAAUGUGCUUGAAAUGGCCUUGCAAUUGUGUCAAUAGAUACAUUGACGUUUUAGGAGCACAAAGAGACACGCUAUUGGCCCCAUUUAUAAUCCAUUAGUUCAUAGACAUCUCACGCGACACACAGUCUCUUAAACAGCUCUGUGGAGACACGCCUCAAUCAUUCAUACUUCUUGCUGUUAACCUUUUUGUUUAAUUUAUUUUUAUUUAAAAGUGAAUAUGGCUUUAGUAUCCAGUGUGUCAGUUGAUAAGGAAUAUGAAAAGUUGCCGACUGUGAAGAGAGAAGAUGUAAAGAGUUUGAUGUCGUGGUUGAGUACACAGCCGCAUCUUCCUUAUGAGUAUAUCACUGAACUGGACGUGAUAUUAGCGUACUCCAGCUGCGCCUGCAAUAUGGACGUAACGAAAAAAGUCAUCGAUGUCAAUUAUACUCUCAAAACAUUGUUCCCGUUUUACCGAGACAGAAAAAUGGACGAAUAUUUAGAUCUUGCUUUUCAGACUUGGUUAAUAUUCCCACUACCAACACUGACGAAAAAAGGUUAUCGUCCAAUUUAUUGUGAGCUAUUCGACGCUGAUCCGAACAAGUUUGUUUAUGAGGAUGUGAUCAAAGCAUUUCUGAUGGUAAUGGAUCUGUGGCAGUAUGAGGAGGGUACGGUGCCGGGCGUUGCUCUUAUUGUGAAUUUGGACAGAGUCUCACUUGGACAUAUAUCGCGAGUGAAUUUGACUGUGGCGCAACAGUUCUUCUAUUUUCUACAGGAAGGUAUGUUCGUCAGCUUAAAGGAGUUCCAUUUCACCAAUGCUCCAACUUUCAUUGACAAACUCCUUGCUAUGUUGAAGCCAUUCAUGAAAGAUGAGCUACUUGAUAUAUUGAAAGUUCACCAAACAGACUCGAACACACUGGAAGAGUUUAUAUGUAUUGAAGACAUAACCAACAAUAAAAAUAAGACAGCUUUAAAAGAUGAUAUCUGCAAUAAACUGAAAGUAAAUCAAGCAUUUUUUGACCAAGAAGCACUUAAGAGAGUUGAUGAAUCUAAGAGACCUGGAGGUGCCAAAAAUCUGAGCACCUUCUUCCCAGGUUUGGAGGAGUCUUUCAAGAAACUAGAAAUUGACUAGUCAAUGCAAUAUUUCUGACAUACAACAUUCAUACUCUCAACAAAAUAAUAACAUUUACAAGCAAGGCACACUUUCAUAUGGACUCGUCUUUUAUUAUGAGAGUAAAAUCUCUUCAUCUCAAGUUGAAAUACUUUAGCAUCGCAAAGAAAAUAGAUGUGCAAUAAAUAUAAUGCAGUGUGUAUAUUGACAUUGGUACGUGACAACACGUGCAGUUCGCGCGGGUAGCAAGUGACACAAAGGAAAUUGCUUCUUUGCAUAGCGGUGUGGCUGCAAAACGACCAAAAAUCCAAGUACAAGUUACAUGACGGACUUCUACAGAACAUAAUACUUGAUAUUGUGUAGUAAUUUAGAAUUUUAUGCCUAUAUUUAUUAUUACUAUCUAUCUAUAAAAGAAAAUUGGUUCAUAUAGAAACUUUCAAAACUUAAAAAGGUUUUUAUUCGCUUCCAACACAGAACAUCAACAAAAUACUUUUCAUUUUGUUAAAAGUUCAAUUUAAAGUUAUAAAAAUAUUUAGUCGAGUCGUGUACAAGUUAGUUUAAUUUCCUUUUGCAGUGUAUCAGAGUUUUAAGUCCCAGUUUUAAUGCACUUUCUAAGUUUGCGUAUUCUUGAAAACUGUUCGAUCUUUACCUCCCGAGUCGGUAUCGGUUAACCAACGCUUUUGUGCGACAAAUUGAGGUCACACAGUGGACAAUGUAUCAACAUUUUUGUCGCAUUCACAUUCUAUUGAUACAAUCAUUUCGUUCGCAAUGGCGUAAUGGUCGAAAAUAAAAUACCUAAAACUGAGCUGCAAUCGGUGUACUAUUGUCCCUAAAUAGUGCACAAAAGGAAUUCGAUUUUAGCGAAAAGUUUUCAUUCUGCUCUAGAUAAAAGAAUAACGAUUCUAGUUCAUUGGAAAGAGCUGUUAUAGGAGAGACUUCUAUGACUAUUUUUAGUGCUGUGACGAGUGGUAACAUAAUUUCUAAAAUAAAUCACCUAAACCAUAAUCUUCUUUGCACUAGCUUUUCCAACUGUACAUGCCUCAUUGAACUUAUGGUAAUUUAAGGUACUGACAGUACAAACAACAACUAAUUGAGUGUAAUUAAUUGAUUAAUUCACCAACGGGAAAUUUCAUUUGCGGAUUAAUAAUUACGGAAACGCUGUCACCCCAACUACUACAUCAACGUCACUAUCCCAUGACCUAGUCCUGUAUCCUACAUGAGUCCUAACUCUCAAGAAGUCAUAACUGUAGGAUGUCAUGAAGUUUGAUGCCUCCCUGACUCAUUAUGUAUCCCGUAUGAAAUGAACCCUUGCGUGAUUCAAUUAUUAAUGAGAAGCCGCGGUCACUUAGUUACAUUAGUUCAUUAAUGUGGGUGGAACAAGCCUCCGUCUUCUUACAUAAUAUAAUGUGACCCAACUUGAAGAUUGUUCGACAUACACCGACCUACAUAAUUUACGUGCUGUCUGCGGCGAAAGGUGAGAUAUUACUUGGAACAUCUUACAGUAGAUUAUUGUCUAAGCUUUUUACCUAUUUUCCACUCUUAAAUACAAAAGUAGCGUAUGUCUCAUUUCUUUUUCAUAUUCUUGAGACCUGUUCUCAGAGUUUUUAGGUAUCAUAAUUAAAAUAAACGACCAAUUAAAAAGAUUGUUGGCUUUAUGCGUAAAAAAUCUAAACGUCAUCCACUAUGUAGAUCCGAUUCCAUUGAAUUCGAAACUAUUUUAAUUGAAUGUCUAUUUUUACUUCACAUUCGACAGACUUGUUUGACUAGGUAUAGUGUGGUUGUAAAUAAAAUUGCGAAUUUAACGCGAAUAAAAGGAAAGAUUUUAAUACUAAAAUCGACGGAUGGAAUAAAGUGCAUGUGCUGUUACAUAGUAAAUAAUUCUGGCGAGAGCUACGCCAUCCGCACUUGCAAUAAAACGAACAAUGCAAUUUAGCUAGUGCUGCAUUCAUGCGAUGGCUUCUCUGUAAAAGUUGGUUGUUCCAACCGUGCAUGGGUCUCGAUUACUGGCGCGGGUAAAUAUAAAACAAAUACCGGGAUCACAGCACGUGCCGCGACUUACACUGCUUGGUUGCUAAGUAACGUAAUAAGAACAUAUUAUUCUUUUUUUUUUUAAAUUAGCUCUUUAAUAGGCAUUUUCGCCUACAGAAGAUUUAAUAAACCCAUAUCAUAUCAAAGUAAUUAAAUAACAACGCAUUCAGAUGAAGACUGACAAACGCAAUAAAGUUUUAACAACGGUCCCAAAUCAGUGCUUUGGAGCAUAAUAUUUAUUGUGGAACAGUAAGGAACGCUAUAAAACUAGACAACGCGGUUACAGCGCGCUUCCUCAUAAAAUGCAGCGACGUCCGAUUUGUGGGAAUAGCAUAUAAAAAUUUCAAAGAGCCUGUAUGCGCGUGCAGUGUCCGCGGCGGCAUCACUCGCCGCUUGCAUAAAACAUGCAAAUUGGACCACUUCACUGGUGUGGUGUGCCUAAGUUCACUCGCUUUUGCAGUUUUAUGUAAAAUUGUGGCCCAUUAGUCAUGUAAAUAUCGUUAACUGCAACUCUAACGCACCACUGUAGUGUUAUUCAAAAAAUUUUCUUUUAUCCUUAUGCAAGCGGAACGAGGCCUUUGUUGUUCCAAUCUCAUUUGUUAUAAUUAUCUUACAUGAAAGCGUAAUGUAAUAUAUGGAAUAGAAAAUAAGCAUCUAAGCAGUCUUUUGUUUUCCAUGGUCAAAAGUCAACGCUCUUUGUUUUGAAUAGAAGUUUUAAUUGGCAUGAGGUGCAAAAAUGAUUUUAAUUAUAAUUGGUAUGCAAGACCACAAUAGACGUUAAAUGAUGACGGAUUGUUGGCGGCGAUUGUUUAGCGCAUGCGACUGAAUAGCGAACGUUCGGUGCAGUAAUGAGCUUCGGGAGUGUUUAAUGAAUGCCUACUUUACGUCUUCUUCUAUUCUAAACAGACACGAUGCCCUUUGUCCUGUUCGUUUUCUUUGUUGCGGAUAAUAAAUACUGAACUAACACUAAUGUAAUCUUUUGUUUUAGUCAAUGUGACCAGGUAGCGUAGGUUCAAUACUUUUUCAGUAGGCGUAAUUAAGGUUUAUGUUUUGACGUCAGUGGCUUUUGGGUCGGCCGAUUGUAAGCAUUAGAUACUUUGUUGGCUGAAUGUUAAUAAAAAGUGAUAAUACUUUUUCUCAUUCCAAGAAAAAAUUAAGCGGUGACCUCUCUGUGUCGCCUUGGGAGUAGAUAAAGUUUGUCCUGUCGAAGGUGGCUGGGUGGAGAUUAACCGCGGCGAGGUCUUGCGUCGACUUCAUCAAUUACGUUCCGUCCCCCGAACCCCUCCCCCCCGAGCCGCUGCUGGCUCGUCCAGAACCGAAGGCACGCCUCCUCGCAUCUGCCUUCUGAUGAGACCGUUUGCAGUUUGUGAAUGAUUGAUCUCUGCACAAUAAAUAGUCACGUAUUCCAAGAUAAAUGUUGGUUAUCAGGAAAAACUGCUCAUUGGCUUCGAAUCACACUUUUUUGGUAAGACACGAUAGCGUUCUUGCUUUUUUGUUGUCAGGGUUUUUUCACGGUGGGUUAAGGAAGUGUUGAAAAAAAAAUAAGUUCAUAUCUUUUGGUAAUGUAACUUUUCUUUAUUAGUGGAGCAAUUAAAAGAAAGCACGAGAGGCAAAUUUCUUAAAAGUAUAAAAAGAAAAUCCUCUUAAAUUUUACAAUGCAAUAUGCUAAAUGUCAGCAUCGCUUGCUUUCUGAAUGGCUCGGCAAAAACUAUUGUUCGACAACGACUUUCUAAAACACAAUGAGCUGCAAAAACAUUAACGAUAUUUUACAAAACCUUUAAUCUAUAAG